AAGAAAACAGGUAUUCUUCCUGAAGUUAGAGAAAUUCUUAAUGAUGAUUCAGUAUUUUCUGAUAAUAGUCUUGAUAUAGAAAUUAAUGAACUUGAAAUGUUAAUUUCUCUACUUCUAAAUAAUGAUCUUAAUAAAGAAGAUAUAGUGAAUGAAAAUGAAUUUACGCCUAUAUUAGAAAAGGUAACUUCAAUAAAAGUAGAAGAGUUAUAG